AUGUCAAACAAGCUAUCAAGCUCUCUGGCUGAGGCCAAGCUAGUCCCUGGUGUGGCAGCCAGUUUGAUCCCCGAGGAUUUCAAGCCUACAACUGACCUCCGGGUCUCGUUUGAUGGGAAGGAUGUUGAGAUGGGCAAUCUUCUUCGCGCGAGUGAGUGCAGACGCUCACCCAGCAUUCAGUUUGCGCAGGAGGCCGAUGCUCCCGGGGAUGCCACCUACAUGCUCCUCCUCGUUGACCCUGAUGCGCCUACGCCAGAUGAUCCCAAGUUUGCCUUCUGGCGGCAUUGGGUCCUCCCCGGGCUGAGACCCUUGAGCAGUGGUGAUGCAGUCGCUCAGGUCCAACCUGCGCUAACCGAAUACCUGGGCCCUGGUCCUAAGGAUGACUCAAAGCCUCACAGAUACUUGCUUCUACUAUACAGGCAACCUGUCAGCCUCGACCUAACAAAAGAGGAUGUUGGAGGUGAAGAAUUCACGCAAAGACGGUCAUUCGAUACGGCCAAGUUUGUUGAGAAGCAUGGAUUGCGACUUGUGGGCGUGAAUUGGUUCCUUGGGGCUGGAGAUGGUUGGAAAGAGUGA